GGGGAGCCGCACAUUACAUCAACCAAGUGCAUCAUGUCGUUCCAGCUUCGUCGUCUCUUCGGAGGUCUACGCGUGAAUGCGGGCCAAACGGCCCGUCGCGGCCUCGAGGACUUCUUCCCAGUGCAGAAGGUGGCAGGCGAGGGCGCCAAGGCCAGCAGCCUGACGCAGGUUCCGGCCAGUGUGGGCUCCAAGCAGGUGGUCGUGGGUGGCGACUGGAAGGCCUGGAUGUUGCGCCAGAAGAGCACCGACGACCUGCACAAGCUCUGGUUCGUGCUGCUGAAGGAACGUAACGCUCUUCUCACGGAGCUUCAGCAAUGCCGCGCCAAGAACCUGACCAUGCCCAACCCGUCGCGACGGACGAAGGUCAAGAAGUCCAUGGCUCGGAUCAAACUCGUGUUGCACGAGCGCAGUGACAUCUACAAAUCCAACCAGGCCAAGAAGGCUGCGGAGCAGUAAUUAGAACGGAGAUCAAAAGGUGACACAAUACAGAUGACGGGGAGUGAGCUUGUCCUA